GCCAUUUAUGUAGCUGUCAAAUUUAUUAUUUUGGAAGUUCAGAUCUGAUUUAUUGGUAUUUCAUGUAAAAUAUAUUUAUUGUGUUGAUUUGAAGUCUGCCCUACAAGAUGAUGGAGAACGAGGACGAGAGAAAUGUUGAUAUCAGUAUGAAACCGAAGUUAUCCCUGAUAGAAGAUGUCAGUUUACCAGAAGAUACUAGUACUGGCACUAAUAAUGAUGACACGUCUAAUGAUGUUCCUGAAGCCAGUCCAGUUGCUUUACAAUUUCUAGCUGACCUGGUUCCAGAAGUAGAUUUUAAAUAUCUGAUGUUUGAUGAUAAAUUAGUGACGUAUUCAGACACGGGGAAAGAGUUGGGUGAAUUUUGUGUGACUAUUGAACCAACUAAACAUUGUAAUAAAGAGUGUUUUCUAGUACACGCUAAUAGUCAUGGUGCUAUAGAUGGUGUACCAUGUGGAACGUCUAUUACCUGUUAUGUCACACGAAAUCUAGAGACAAUUGAACAGCAUCAUCAUGAAUAUGUUAAUCUGGAGAAUUGUCCAUUAGAUCGUAAAACAAACAUAGUGAGACAGGAGACAGAAUAUACUGUUAAUAGAAUAAUAACACAGGGAGAGUCAAUAGUUAGACAGAAUAAGGUUUAUUCAUUAGAAGAUAUGAAAGGGUUUAUAUCAGAAGGAUCAAAUCUCUUGCUUCAUCGACUGUUGAUAGAAAAAAAGAUACCAGAGGGAGAUUUUCAGUUGGUUUCUUUUGAUUCUGAGUCUAUUUUAUGCCCAGCAAUAUACAAAAGUUUAGAAGAGAGAACACAGACUGUAGCUAGUACUGAGUUAAGAGUUUAUGGUAUGGAGAGAACUAUUAUUUCUCAACAUGAUCUUCCUACAACCUGGCAAUCUUAUUUUACAGCUGAUGGGUACAUGGCAACUGGCAAAACAGCACUAGUUCAACCAGUAUGCUUUUACGGAAUGAAUAUGGAUCUUGUAGAAGAUUUGUCUAGUCACAUGAUAAACCAGUGUUUAUUGAAUGUAGAUGAUUUGUCUAGUCACAUGAUAAACCAGUGUUUAUUGAAUGUAGAUGAUUUGUCUAGUCACAUGAUAAACCAGUGUUUAUUGCUUGUAGAUGAUUUGUCUAGUCACAUGAUAAACCAGUGUUUAUUGCUUGUAGAUGAUUUGUCUAGUCACAUGAUAAACCAGUGUUUAUUGAAUGUAGAUGAUUUGUCUAGUCACAUGAUAAACCAGUGUUUAUUGAAUGUAGAUGAUUUGUCUAGUCACAUGAUAAACCAGUGUUUAUUGAAUGUAGAUGAUUUGUCUAGUCACAUGAUAAACCAGUGUUUAUUGAAUGUAGAUGAUUUGUCUAGUCACAUGAUAAACCAGUGUUUAUUGCUUGUAGAUGAUUUGUCUAGUCACAUGAUAAACCAGUGUUUAUUGAAUGUAGAUGAUUUGUCUAGUCACAUGAUAAACCAGUGUUUAUUGAAUGUAGAUGAUUUGUCUAGUCACAUGAUAAACCAGUGUUUAUUGCUUGUAGAUAAUUUGUCUAGUCACAUGAUAAACCAGUGUUUAUUGAAUGUAGAUGAUUUGUCUAGUCACAUGAUAAACCAUCAUCUUACAAAUAGAGUGCAAGUAGGAUCACCAGUUGGUAUGAAAUUAUCCAAAGUACCUGAAGAAAUUGUCAGAGAUGUAGAACCACCUAAACCAGAUUUCCCGAAGAGAGAAUUAGAUAUAGAGGAAGAUAUGCAAAUGUAUUCACAUUAUCUUGACAGAAAGGAAGAAAUAAAGGGAGAUCACUAUGUUUACAUGAAACAUCACCCAGAACUAAAAGCUCUCUUAGCAGACUUCCUUCAAUUUUUACUUCUGCGUAAACCUAAUGAUGUCAUUACCUUUGCUGCUGAAUAUUUUUCUGCGUUUUCUACCAGAGUACCAAAUCAGUCUCCGUAUAAUUCCUCUAACGCCCCGACCCCCUUUCCCGUCAGUAGAGACAAUACUAGAAUAGAACAACUUCGAACUCCCACUCGUUAA